AUGGAUAAGAAAACCAUUCUUUUGCUUCUUCCUUCCUUUCUCUGCUGUCUACUGAGUUCUACUAGCACAAGCUCCAGCAUAGACCAAGGCGAUCUUUCCUGUUUGAGAAGUAUAAAAUCAUCGGUGGAGGACCCUUUUGGGUCCUUGAACACAUGGAGUUUUGAUAACAUUGGAAUUGGUGAUAUCUGUAUGCUUAACGGAAUUGCAUGCUGGUCAUACUUUACCGACAGGGUCCAAACCAUCCAACUCCAAGGUCUUGGACUCAAGGGCAAAUUCCCUCAAGGGAUCAGAAACUGCACAAGCUUGACGACUUUGGAUCUGUCCAACAACAAUUUCUUUGGACCUAUACCAUCUAACAUCAACCAACUGAUCCCAUAUGUAAGAGUCCUUAAUCUCUCCUACAACAAAUUCUCGGGUGAGAUUCCAUCAAGCAUGGCGAGUUGUGAUCUUAAUGUUGCCAACAAUCGCUUGUCUGGGCCGGUUCCUACAUUUGUUAGCUAUUCCGCCACACCUGAGAGCUAUGCUAAUAAUAAGGGACUAUGUGGGGGACCUCUAAAAGCUUGUGGAGAGCAACAAGGGAAAGCUAAAGAUUCAUUCAAAAGCGGGUUUGCAGUUGGUUGGGCGGUCUCUGCUGUUUCAGUUACUGCAGUUUUUAUGUUCGUCUGUAUGCCCGGGGAACAUUUAAUCAAGAUGCUAGUGACAAGAAGGAAAAACAAGAGAAGAGAAGCCCAUCAAGUGAUGUUGGUCACAAGGAGGAAAAUGAAGAAAAAGGAACCUCAUCAAAUGAGAAUAUUGCCAAUCAUAAAGAUUUCUAUGAUGGAGAAACUCGCUACCAGAAUGCCUUUGACAGAUCUCGCUGCUGCAACGAACAAUUUCAGUGUAGAGAACAUCAUUGGGUUUGGAAAGACGGGAACUAUGUACAAAGCAGCAGUCAUGAAUGGCUGUUUGCCAGCAGUUAAGAGGUUCCUAGACUCCCAGCAAUUUGAGAAGCAGUUUAUAUAUGAGAUACUAAUCCUGGGGAGACUAACUCAUCCCAACUUGGUACCCUUAUUGGGAUUCUGCAUCGAGAGAAAUGAGAAGCUUUUGGUGUAUGAACAUAUGGGAAAUGGGAACCUUUAUCAAUGGUUACACCCCAACAAAGCCAAGGCCAAGAUCUUGGAAUGGCCUUUGAGGGGUAGAAUUGGAGUUGGGCUAGCUAGAGGUUUGGCAUGGCUGCACCAUAACUGUAUGUUCUUGGUAGGUCAUGGCAAUAUUAACUCAAAAUGCAUCUUACUAGAUCAGAAUUUUGAGCCCCAAAUUUCGAAUUUUGGAGGGGCAACACUCAUGAAGUCGAGCAUCACUGAUUCUACCUGGGGUUUGUUUGUGGGUUCUGCAGAUACUGAGAAUAAGCGUGUGCAAUGCCCUCUAAAGAAAGAUGUCUACAGCUUUGGAAUUGUGCUCCUUGAGAUGGUGACAAGGAAGAAACCUCACAAAAUUUCAGAUGCUUCUCGAAGGUUUGAUGGGACUUUAGUUGAUUGGAUCAACCAUCUUUUGAGUACUUCUGGCCUCUAUGAUGCCAUUGAUAAAUCUUUAAUCGGACAAGGAUUUGACGGCGAGAUCUUUGAGUUCCUUAAAGUUGCAUGUAGUUGUGUCAAGGCCUCUCCCCAUCGAAGGCCAACAAUGCUAGAAGUUGAUAAAAUACUAAGAAAUACAGUAGGAAGACACCAAAUUGAUGAUGAUUCUGAGUCAUGGACACAAAAUGAAUGCGGGACCUCUAACGAUAGAGAUGAGUAUACAGCGGUUGAAAUAAUGGAGGAAUCCAUUGAAAUUGUGCAAGUAGACAUAGCUCAUUCAUGA